UCCACGGCAUCUGAUCCCAUAAUUGAUGUUUUUCAAGAUCUUGUUUUCUCUACUUCCAAUAUGUAUCAUUUCAAUGGACUUUUGAUCUUGAUUUACUGUUUGCUAUCUUCAUAUUUAAUCGCACAUAAUGAGGACAAAGAUAAGAAAGGUGGAACAUUAUUGUAACCUCACUGUCUAAGAAAGAAAGACGAAAAUGAGGUUAAAAAUCGUUUUCCUAAUUUGCAUAUUUGGUGGACUUCGUGCAUUACAAGAGGAAAAACGUCUCCUUGUAAAUGACCCACAGAUGAUGGAGACGCAAAUUGUUGAACUCCAAAGACAGGUCCAACUGCUGAAAGAAGAAAUGACCAAAGUUACACAGAAUAAUAAUUAUGGAACAACGUACACAAUAUGGGGAAAGAGAAUAUGUCCUCAACUGAGAAACACCACAACUCUGUACAGUGGCGUUGUAGCGGGAAGUUUUUUCACAGAGACGGGAAACGGAGCUAACACAUUAUGUUUACCACAUGAUCCGGAUUCAGUUGACGCCAACUUUCCAAUUAAUCAUAGCGACGGCAUUGCUCAUCUCUACGGAGGAGAGUACCAGUUUAGUUUCAAGAAUGUAGUAUAUCAGGAUGAUGUCCCAUGUGCCGUCUGUCGCGUGACACAAGCAACGUCUGCAUUAAUUAUUCCAGGAAAACUAUCGUGUCCUUCAGGAUGGGUAAAACAAUACCAAGGAUUUCUGACUUCAAAUGCUUAUAAUGAACAAAAAUCAGAGUACCUCUGCCUGGACGACAAUCCGGAUUUCAUUGAGAGAUCUAGAGUAAAUGAAAAUGGGAAGUUAUUUCAUCCUGUUAUCACCAUAUGUGGAACUCUGCCAUGUCCACCGUACAAAAAUGGCACCUAUGUCCCAUGUUCUAUUUGUACCGCUUAA